AUGGCCCAGCGUCCAUCCAAUCUUGCCCUUGCUGGGGCAGCCGCAGGUGGUCUGGCACUUCUGGGCUCUGCCACCGCCUUCGUCGCCGCUCCACAGGAGGCCAGCGCACCGAGCCUGCGCGGCGCUUCCGUGGCCCAGUCUCAGGCCCAGGCGGCGGCUUCGGGAAGCUCUCUCUCCGCUCUCGCCGCCGGUGGCGCGGUUGCUGCGGCAGCAGUGGCUGCCAGUCGCCCAGGACGCCAGACCCGCAGCACCAUCCUCCCUACAACCGUGGUGCCAGUGAAGGAGAGCCGGGUGACACGCAAGGCAUUGGACCAGUCCAGCCGAUACGCAGACCUGUCCCUCGAUGAGGCCACCCUUAUCAAGAACGGCAAGCACGUGCUGGUCGCAUACAUCAUGAAGCCCAAGGCGGGCUACGACUACCUGGCCACCGCCGCUCACUUCGCGGCUGAGUCCUCCACCGGCACCAACGUGAACGUGUGCACCACCGACGACUUCACAAAGUCCGUGGAUGCGCUGGUCUACUAUAUCGACCCUGAUAGCGAGGAGAUGAAGCUCGCCUACCCCAACCUGCUGUUCGACCGCAACAUCAUC